AUGGAUAUCCUCAAUUCCAUUAUUCAUAGUUUGAUCUAUCAUGAAUGCUCCCGUGAUGUAUGGCUAGAUCUUGAUGAUCAUUUCUCUCUAAGCAACAAUCCUAGAAUUUUCAAGUUGAAGCAUGACAUUGGUACUCUCACCCAAGGCUCCAUGACCAUCUCUGUAUAUUUUACAAUACUUAAAGGUCAUUGGGAUGAACUCUCCUUGCUUGCCUCCACACCACAGUGCACUUGUGGUGUCUUAAAAGAAUUAACCCGAAUGCAAGACACUGAGUGUGUUUUUCAGCUUUUGAUGGGGCUAUAUGACUUAUAUGCUUCAAUUCAUGGCCAAAUUUUGGCCAUGGAUCCUUUACCUUCUGUUACCAAGGUCUAUUCAAUUUUGCAUCAAGAAGAGAAGCAGCACCUUCUUCAUAUCUCUAGUGUUCCAACAGAAUUUGUUGCCAUGGUGGUUCAUCGUAAUUUUUCUCAUCCUUCUGAUAGCAAGGGAUGA